AUGCCCGAAAUUCCAGAUCCCUUAGAGGAGGUAGAUCUGUCCAAGGAGGAGCCGCUGGAUGAUUUCCCUGAGGGUGCAGGUGUAGGGCUAACUGAAGAAGAAGCGAGGGAUAUCUUAGAGAAUCUUAGUGAAGAUGAUGGCCCACCUCUUCCGCCUCCGCUGCACGCUCCGGACGACGGUUAUAGCCCCUCGAAAGAGGAGGCCGAGAGCCAAGAUGCUGAGGAGGAGAAAGAGGGAGAAGAGGCGCAGGAGGAGGAAGCUGACGACGAGGAGGAGGCACUUCCGAAUCGCGGUCCUCAAGAAGGGGAUUGGGAGUUUGAGUACUCUGAUCUCAAGGAGCCACUGCAGUCAGACAGACUCAUGUUCUGUGUUCCGCUGCUUGACAACAAGUCUCCUUGCGUUCUUGAAGCCCUUCAAGAAAUUUACCUCUACUUGCGGGCACUGAAUCUUCCAGUUUUGCGCUUGCAUACCGAUAGGUUGUUGAGCCUCCUGAGUGCCCUGAGCAGUUUGAGGGCGAGUCGCAAGCGCCACGGUGUAGUGCACAGACUUGAAGAGGAUGAAGUUUUCGAGUUGGAUCCUAAGCGGCAUCAUUUCGUAACUCCCUUCAAGGGCACCCGUGUCGUUGUAAUAGGCUACACUUCCGAUGUGCUUGGAAAGGCCGAAAAAGAUGACCUCGACGGCUUAGCAGAUUUGGGUUUUCCCCUCCCAGACUCGGCCUAUCUCCAGGCUCCACGUCUGUCUCAAGUACAGGAGGAGGAGGCCACUAAG